AUGAAGGCAGACGGAUUGCUGCGACACCAGUUCAGCCGUUCCAUCAGCACCGCAUAUUCCCCGAAGCCAGAGCCUGCACCUCUCCCUUCCAAACUCCCAAAGGCGUUUCUUUCACAAAUACCUACUCGGUUGCAACCCAAUGCUGGACGCAAGAAGCUCAAGAUCUACCCACCACCCCCGACACCUCGUGCAAAUUGCAAAGACCCCGUCGCAGCAUUGACAGAGUCUCAACUAGCCGCUCUUGACCCCACAGGUGAACGUAGGGCUCUGUUUGACUACCGCCGAAACCCCCGAAGCGUGAAAGUGGGCGACAUUCUGCGUGUGACAUUCAAGAACGGAGACCCAUUUUCGGGUGUGUGUCUUAGCAUCCGUUUGCGGGGCAUUGAUACUUCUUUCCUUCUCCGAAAUGAGCUCACGAGGGUUGGCGUGGAGAUGGCCGUGAAGGUUUUCAGUCCAAAUGUCGAGAGUGUGGAAAUUGUACAGAGGACGGAGAAGAGGAAGCGAAGAGCAAGACUGUACUACAUGAGGUAUGUACCAGCAUCCGGUGACGGCACCACCAGGAAGAAUGUUCCUCCUGUGCAGUGA